UUGACAUAACCUAGUACCUGUGCUUACCCAACCUACUGUUCUGUAGACAGUUUUCCCAUUGCCUCAGUUCAGGAUUUCCACUCCAGAAUCUGCAGCUAAAUGAGAUCAUGAUUUUGGAAGGAGCUGGCAGGAUGAGUAUCAAUUCCAGCAGCAAUCUACUCCACCAGCAGCCUUCCUGGACAGACGGAUAUUCCACAUGCAAUGUAUCCAGUAGCUUCUAUGGAACCCAGUGGCAUGAAAUACACCCGCAGUACUGGACUAAGUUUCAAGUCUGGGAGUGGCUGCAGCACCUCCUUGAUACGAACCAGCUGGAUGCCAACUGCAUACCUUUCCAGGAGUUUGAUAUCAAUGGGGAACAUCUGUGUAGCAUGAGCCUGCAGGAAUUCACUCAGGCAGCUGGGACAGCAGGACAACUGCUUUACAGCAACCUCCAGCACCUAAAAUGGAAUGGUCAGUGUGGAAGUGACAUGUACCAAUCUCAUAAUGUCAUUGUGAAGACAGAGCAAACAGAUCCGUCAUUAAUGGUGUCCUGGAAAGAAGAGAAUUAUCUUUAUGACAGUGGCUAUGGUAGCACAGUAGAGUUAUUGGACAGUAAAACAUUCUGUCGUGCUCAGAUUUCCAUGAUGACACCUAGUCACCAAUCUUCUGACUCUUCAGAUGCAAAAAAAUCGCAAGAUCAUACCCCAAAGUCCCACACCAAGAAGCACAACCCUCGAGGAACUCAUCUUUGGGAAUUUAUUCGAGAUAUUCUUCUCAAUCCUGAGAAAAACCCAGGAUUAAUCAAGUGGGAAGACCGGUCAGAAGGUGUCUUCAGAUUUUUAAAAUCUGAAGCUGUGGCUCAGCUGUGGGGAAAGAAGAAAAACAACAGCAGCAUGACUUAUGAGAAACUUAGCCGGGCUAUGAGAUACUAUUACAAAAGAGAAAUCCUUGAGCGCGUGGAUGGUCGGAGAUUAGUAUAUAAAUUUGGAAAGAAUGCCCGUGGUUGGAGAGAAAAUGAAAAUUAAAUAUAUCAAGAAAUAACGUUUAAAACACAUGGAUGUAAAUAUUCAAAGACUAUUUUCUUAUAUUUAUGUACCAAACUGGGGUGAAAAAACAAUUCUACUUCUGUCGGGAAGAAAGAACAUUAUCAUUAUUGGUGUUAAAAUUAUUUUAUUUGAAGUAUGUCCUGUAUGGGGAAAAAAUGUACACAGUUUUCUGUGAUAUAAGUUAACAUUAUAGAAUUAUGAUUAUUUUUCCCUUCUUGUGAAGUUUUCCUCUUUUUUUUUUUUUAAAUCAUACAGGCAUAAUGUGAUUUAUGAGUCAUGUAAAGAAAGGGAAGGAGCUGAAUAUUAGGGCAUUUAGGGAAUAUGAUAAUCCACUUUGGAAGGCAACAAAAAGUGGAGGAAACAGUAAAGCAUCUCUGAGCCAAGUAGCCUUCUUCCAUAGUCAGAUGGUUUAUAGCUUUCCUUGGCCAAUACCACUUGUUCCUUCCCUCCUCUGAUUUCUGAGUGUUUUAAUACUUUGCUGGCUUUCAGCUGCUUUUCUUGAAUAAGACAGUGGGUUCCACUUCAGCUGGCUUAUCUCAGCCACAAGAACAGUGGCUCUGCAAGGUGGCUGUCAGCAUUUAUUUGGAGAACCCAUGCUACCUCCACCACUGAGACCUUCUUUUGUGGGCUGACUUUUAGGACCAGACCUUACCUGAGUAAUACUCAGUGUCUUGCCUAACCUCCAAAGAGCAUUUAGCUCACCCCAGGAGAGAAGCUGGUUUUUAUUAACUAAUAUCUUUGGGGUGAACUGCUGGAAGAGCGUCAAUCUUGCGGACCAAAAGCUGUUGAAGGAAGUCUUUUCUGACUGGGCAAACGUAUUAAAAGGCACUGGUUUCCCAGUAGGAAUGUUAAUAAUCCUCUCACCCUCUUGCACUUCUAAUUAAAGCUUUCAAAUCUGUGCCAUAUGGAGCAGUGAGGAGGUGGGCAAGCAGAACAUUUAUUAAUCCCUUGGCAUGAGGAAGCAGCCUCCCCAGUUGCUUCAAGCUGUGUGGUCCUCCUGGAAGGUCAAGUCUCAAUGGGACAGAAAUUUUCAAAAAACCUUUGAGAAAUGCAAAGCUAAAUUGUGUGUAACGUAUUAGUUCCGUUUGCUUUCCUCCAGUCUAACUCUAUACUGUAGUUUUAUUUGUCAGUUGUGAUUGGGAUUCUUAGUUGGAGGAAAAACCUCAUCAACAUAAAGACACUGAGAUUUUAAGGACAUUCAGAUCUGGGUCAGUAUUUUGGGUUCACCUAUAGCAGUGCUAUGCAGACACUGAGCAUUCAUUGGCAGCUUUUCCUUUCUCCAAUUCACAGAUGAUUUCUGCCAGCACUGAGCAUAUGCAGAAUGUAGGGAAAUAAAAACUAGAGGAGGCAGCACUUCACCAGGUCACUGAGUACGUGAGAUGUGGGAGUCGAGAAACAGGAUUGUCUUGGUGAUGUUAACAGAGGUGAAACCAACAUCAAUUUCAAAUCACUUUUUCAGGGAUGGGGAAUUUGAAAAGCAAUAAUAGGGACUGAAAAGUCCAAGAUUAAAAAAAGAAAAAGAAAAAAAAAAGGAAAUUAAGAAUGUUAAAUCCAUCCAGUAUCUAUUUCCUGAGGCAUCCCCUGGGUUUGAAUCCAUAUUAGCUUGAAAUACAGCAAGAUACAGCUGGAGGUUGCAGGAUAUUCCAUUUUUGUUUGCCUUAAAAGGAAAUAGAGAUGAAACCAAGAGACAACAGAAGUAUCAAUAUGAAGGGUAUGAAAUGUGCUUAGCAACAAUUUGUAGGCAAACAUGAGAGCCUAACUUGUUAUCUACACAUGUAGGGCAUGUUAAACAAUAACACCACCUCCUACACUGUGUAUGCCAGAGCUGUCACCAUCAAUUACCCAUACAUGACAAUUUUUACUUUUCAUAACCUGGGUGGAGAGAGCUUCAUCUUAUUUACAAAUCAAAUAAUAAGCCUGUGUACUUCAAAGCAUUUUUUUUCUCUCAGUCUAUCUCUCUUUGGUUUUUUUUUCUCUCUGUCUCUGCUAGCCUUGCUUGCUUUUGCACAACUCAGUAAUUUCCUUUUUUAGCUGAAUUUGCUACAUUUCACUUCCUUUAACAUUAUUUUGUAGUUCAUGUAACAAGAAUCAGACAACCAGAUGAGAAGAGCACUUUCACUUUGCUCCUAAGACCAUUUCUUCCCUUUUUCUGAUGGUUAUUUGUAGCCCUUUGCUCUGUGCUCUUCACACCACCUCCACACCUUGGGUGAAAAUCUGAGAUCAGUGGUACCAUCACAAAUCUGUAAUGUAGCUGUACCUUAUCUCAGGUUAACAUAUAUCUUACAGCAAUGGAUUGUAAUACUUCGUGAAUUUGCUUUCUACCUGAUCUCUCACAAAAUUUCUUGGGAGAUAAAAUGAACCUGUGAUAUAUGUGUGUCACCACUUGAUUGCUGAGCAGCAGCUAAACCUGCUUUUAAAGGUUUUGAAAGAUAAAAUUGUACUUAGAAGCAAACUGUAUAAAUUGAGAGAGUGGUUUAUGUUGGGGUGUAGUAUAAAUGGUCUUCCACUGUCACAUCUUUCAGCAUGUGGAAAUCUGCAAGUUUCUGUUUCCACCCUGCAGAACUUUGCAGUGUAGUAGGUACUUGCCAUUCAGCAUUACAAUAGCACAAAGUUGGAAUAGAAGCCAGCCAACAUUUACUCUGUUUUACAAAUAUAUUAACCUUUGCCUAAGACAAACACAAAGGACUGUUUAAAACUACAGUUCUUGCCAAGGACAGAUGCAACCAACCAAAGAGAGUCUUUUUACCAGACCUAAGCAAACGGAGAAAAUGAAGAGAUGAAUUUUUAUGUAAAUUGCUAUUUAAACAAAAAGCAUUUCUGAUUGCUCUUUUAUUUUGUAUUUCAGAGGCUGAGCAAUCAUAUUUUUAGAUGUAUCCUUUAAGUUAGCAGCUGCUGAACUGGUAGCACCAUGUGUAUAGAUUUUUAUUGUACCAUAAUUUUUCAUAUGUAUAAAGCUCUAGAUAGGAAAGUAUAUUGUAUUUAUACAGUUACAUGCAAAUCACAAUGUCAAAGGGUUGGCAUGAGCACUCUCAAUAUUUUCUGCACGGAAUUAGAGCAACUUGCUCUAAAAACAUCCUGAGAAACUGUAUGUAGGCUGCUGAACUACAUAGACAUUAAAAUGUUUAGUUACAUUUUCAUCUUUCUUUCUGUAGCACAUUGCAUAAUUCCUGCUUGCUUCUCACAGCAUCGUCUUCAAUGUCUACGUGUGGAAACAAAUCCAAGUUAGAUAUUUCACUAUUGCCACUGUAAAUCUCAGCAUGGAGACAAUGUAUUCACAAAAUGGUUCUAAAGACUGUUUCUAUUUUUGUGAAUAUGCUAUAAAUUCAAA